GCCUGGGUUUGCUACACUGCCAGCAUGAAGGCUUUGCUAAUCCUAGGGCUUUUCCUCCUGCCCAUGGUUGCUCAUGGGAAGAUCUACGAAAGGUGUGAACUGGCAAGAGCAAUGAAAAGGCUUGGGCUGGAUGGAUACCGGGGCUACAGCCUGGGACACUGGGUGUGCACAGCAAGAUACGAGAGCAACUUUAACACAGGUGCCACAAACUACAACCGAGGUGACAAAAGCACUGACUAUGGGAUUUUUCAAAUCAACAGCCGCUGGUGGUGCAAUGAUGGCAAGACUCCAAAAGCCAAGAACGCAUGUGGAAUCCAGUGUGGUGGGUUACUGACAACAGACAUUACAGCGAGUGUAAAUUGUGCAAAGAGAGUUGUUCGCGAUCCCAAUGGCAUGGGUGCAUGGGUGGCAUGGAAAAAGUACUGCAAAGGAAAAGAUGUCUCCAAGUGGAUCAGAGAUUGCAAACUGUAAAGUGUUGGGGUUUAUUUAUCCCAGCUUGGUUCCCUUGCAAAUUAGCAGGGAUUCGCAUAGAGC